UUUUGAUUUAGUAAGCGGUUGUGUGUGAGUGUGUACGUGUAUGUGUGUGUGUGCGUGUGUGACACGGGAAAUUGGCGUUGCAUGACGUAGGGCUGCCACAUUUACCUGGAACAGGUUGGGCUGUCACCUGAGAAACUAAUUCCGGAUGUGGGGAAGCUUUAAAAUUGGGAAUUUUUAAUAGUGAUUGACGGGCACAUGGAAAAGCAGCAAUUUCCUUCAGCUACACCAAGUGGCCUGAACACUGUCAAGCGGGAUUAUUGUGAGAGUGGAGGAAGGGUUAUCACAUAGACUGUGCAUGUGAUCAGAAGAGGCGUGGAUUUGCUCCUUCUGAUGGCGAAUAACAUCCCACUGGGACUGCUGGAAGCUUGUGUGGUUGUAGGAGCGUCCAGUGAUCGUCUGAAGGAGUUAUGCGUGUCUUGGCUGCAGGAUGUUAAAGAGAAAGAGCUGCUGUUGGAGGCUGAGGUGUUGCAGGUCCAUGCCCCACCAUUUGUGACUAAGGAGAAAACAAUCGAUGGUGAAGGGUAUGCCCCAGCCUUCAGUCGGGUGCAGAGAAGACGCUCGUUCUUAAAAAAGAAAAAAGAGAGCCCUUCUGUGUCCUCCAGCAAUGGGACCAAAACCACGACAGAUCAGAGUGUGCCUAAAGACAUCGACCUUAUUGCCCUGCCCCAGCUCUGUUUCCCAGGUGGGUUGAGCGUCGUCACUGAGAGUCAAGAGGACUCUUAUCACUUCCUGGUUUUCACGGAUGUCUUUGGGAACCAGACACAUGGAGUGGUGGUUCAGUAUUACAAACAAAUACAGGUACCGGUGGACACUAUUACGUACAGAAAUGGCCACUAUUUAUCCAAACCACCAAAGCUGUUCACAGCCUAUGCCAUCUGCCUCAUUUCCAAAUACCCUUACUACAAUGCUCUCAGAGACUGCCUGUCCUCGUUCCUGGUCCAGCUGAAGAAUUGCCGGAUGGCUGAGUUCGAGGAACAGGUGAAGGAAUUCUCAGCCAAACUGGCACUGGUGCCCAUCCCACCACCAGGACAGCUCCAAGUGGCAUUUAACCUAAAACCCCUGCAGAUCAUUCUUCCACCUAGACAAGACAUGGACCGUCCUGCUGUGGACCUGGACCUCCAUCUACCCUUUCUGUGCUUUCGACCCGAGCAGAUCUUACAGUUGGUUAGGUGUUCACGGAAGAGGAGGGUCUUUAGCUGUUUUUUGAAGAUGGUGAUCUGCAGUAUCUUGACGGAGCAGCGGGUUGUGUUGUGCUCCUCGAACUGGUCCAGGCUCACGCUGGUGGCUGAGUGCUUUAUUCUGUUCAUCCACCCCCUGCGCUGGCAACACCCUUAUGUUCCUGUCCUUUCCCGCCAGAUGCUGGACUUCCUCAUGGCUCCCACUGCCUACCUCAUGGGCUGCCAUGUCCAGCACCUUGAGGGUGUGGCUGCGGAGACAGAUGACCUGAUCCUAAUCGAUAUCGAUGAAGGAACAGUGACCUCAUCAUGUGCUGCAGACUUGCCAGAUGUGCCAGUGGCUGCCAGAGAGUGUUUUAAGAGACGUGUGGAGGGGCUGCAGAUUCACUAUGACCUGGAGUUGUGCUGUCAUGGCAGCAGCAUGGAUGUAACUGACAUGCGGACUCGCAGGCGCCAAUGGCAGCACAAACUCAACUCUGAAAUCCUAAAUAUCAGCCUCGAGCUCAUUGUCAACAUCUUCAGAGAGGUUCAUGACCACCUAAACUUCGAGCAUCGAGUAUUCAACAGUGAGGAGUUUUUCAGGGCCCAGGAACAAGCAGACCAGCCAUUUUACAAAAAGGUCUUAGAUACACACAUGUUCCAUUCUUUACUAAAAGAUUGUUUAAAUAGGAAGAUGGAUGCUUUCGCACAAAUGAAGAUAAAUACUCGGUCAGAAGUUGGCAGGCUGAGGACCAUGCCGGAGUCUCUACGGAGGCCCAAUAUGACAUGCAAACAGCCGGAUUACCAGUUGCGUAAGAGGCUGGGUAUGAGUCUGCCCAACCUGGUAGAGGACUUAUCUCUGAUGGUGCCUGUGCGUCAGCUGUCCUUCCAGAAAUCUGACAAGGGAUCCCUGUUGAAGCCAGCUUUCAAGAUUCCCCUAAAGCCAGUCAAAACAUUCAAACUCCCAGAAUUCCCUCCUCCUCUCGCCUAUCACUAUGUUCAGAACUAUUAUUCAGAACUCAUCAGUCAACUCAGCAAGGCCAUUAACUCUGCGCCCCCCGAGGACUCGUCCCUGCUGGCUCGCUACUACUACCUCCGUGGCUUGAUCAAUUCUGUGGCAGGAAAACGGGUGGACGCUCUGAUGGACUUCCAGAGUCUCCACAGGACAGAUAUGGACAUCUUCCCUCUGGAGCUGGUGACUACUCUGGCAGACUCGCUAAGGAAAGAAGAGCGCAACGUGGCUGAGGAGCGGCCGGAGCUGAAGCGCCUCAUCAGCCGAGUGAAGAAAAGCUGCAGCCAGGACGACUACCCCGAUGGCGGCUCAGUGAAGAAGUUUGAGCUCCCGCGCACACACAUGUUUUCGGACGACUUUGUGCGCCGUGUGCAGGAGUCCGGCAUCAUCAAAGACCUGGGCACCAUCCAGCGACUGUUUCAGGCUCUCACUGUAGGUAUGGAGUCCACAGCGAAGGUCUCAGCCCAGUCUGUUUUUUACCUUGAUUCCUCACCAGAUGGUCAACAGAAGCAGGUGGACCCAGAGGUUUUCCGCUUCUUCUACACCAUCUGGAAAGAGACAGAGGCUGAAGCACAGGAUGUGGAUUUGCCCGUGGCCGUGCUUGACCACCUGGAGGCUAAUGAGCAGGUGUACAAGCUCUCCUCGUCUGUGAAGACCAGCCAUGGUGUGGGCAAGAUCGCCAUGACUCAGCGCCGACUGUUUCUGCUCACAGAGGGACGCCCAGGUUAUGUAGAGAUCACCAAGUUUAGAGACAUAGAGGAAGUGAAGAUAUCCUCAGCUCCUUUACUACUUCUGAGGAUCCCCUCUUUGAAGAUCAAGACCAGUCUGCGGAGGGAGACGUUCGAGGCUAAUCUGAAAUCCGAGUGUGAUCUGUGGCACUUAAUGAUCAAGGAGUUGUGGGCAGGAAGGAAACUGGCAGAUGAACACAAGGACCCUCAGUACAUACAGCAGGCUCUGACAAACGCCCUGCUGAUGGAUGCUGUGGUCAGAUGCCUCCAGUCUCAGAAAGCUAUUUACGCUGCUUCUAAAUUGGCCUACUUCGACACGAUGAAACGAGAAGUACCGAUGAUGGUGCCAAAAACAACAUCUGAGACCCUGAAGCAUAAGAUCAACCCUUGUCUGGACUUGAUGUCUCCUCAAGCUGUGGACAUCCUGCUCUAUACUCCAGGACAGCUGGGCGCAGCAUCCUCGGACGGCGGUGGUUACCCAAAACUCUGGUGUGCUCUGCGUGAGGGGAAGGUGGUGGUGUUUGACGCAGCCAGCUGGUCCCUGCAGCAGAACUGCAUUCAAGUGGGGACCUCCCGCCUUAAUUGCAUGCUGGCAGUGGACCAGCAGCAGUUGUGGAUUGGAUCUCAGGACUCGAUCAUUUAUAUAAUCAACCCAAACAGCAUGUCCUGCAAUAAACAGCUAACCGAGCACCGCGCAGAGAUCACCGGUUUCACACUGGAAGAAAGACCUGACAAAUACAACCACUUGCUGGCGUACUCGUGCAGUGCAGAGGGCACGGUAAUCAUUUGGGACGUGGCCACGCUGCAGGUGAAACGUGACAUCAGUCUCAACUGUGACAGACUGCAGUCCAUUCAGAUCCACAGUGGAAAACUAUGGUGCUGUGCGCGGGACUGUGUGAUGGAGGUUCGGCGGACCGGCUCAGUGCAUCGCAGGAUAUCGCUUCCUGAUCACCUCAGGGGCUCACCAUGUUCCUACAGCAGCUUCUUGGUCUUUAACGAGAGGGCCCUGAUGUGGACUGGCUGCAUAGACGCAGGUGAGCUGUGUGUGUGGCACCUCGCUGACCUGGAGAAGCCCUUCCAGAGGAUCCAGCUGCCUGACUGUACCAGUGUCAAAUGCAUGAUCAGAGUCAAAAACCAGAUCUGGGUAGGAGGCUACAGUAGCAGUGGGGGAAAAGCUCGUGGAAAGAUCUACGUGGUGGACACUGAGCGCCUCCUAGUGGAGAAGGAGCUGCUGGCUCAUUCGGAUGUUGUUCAGACUCUGUGUUCAGCCGAGGAUCGCUACAUCCUUAGCGGUGCUGCUGGCCAGGAUGGAAAGAUCGCUAUCUGGAAAGUGGAAUAAUAUAAAAGAGUGAAUUAUGGGAUUCUUGUAUGAUUCUGGAAGAAGCACUUUGGCUUGACUACAUUACUGCAAGAGCAGGCACAAGGUAAAUGGUAAAAUGGCGCACUUUUAUCCAAACACUGGUUCUCAUUCACCCAUUCACACACACUCACACAUUCACACACACCAAUGGUAGCAGAGCUGCCAUGCUAGGCGCUAACUUGCCAUUGGGAGCAACUUGGGGUUCAGUGUCUUGCCCAAGGACACUUCGGUAUGUGGAGUCACGUGGGCCUGGAAUCGAACCGCCAACCCUACGAUCAGUGGACGACCCGCUCUACCACCUGAACCACAGCCGCCCCACAAGGUCACGGAGUGCUUUUAUAUACCAAGUGACUUUGAAUAUUAGUGAAUAUUUUCUAUAAUUUUCUAUUUAUUUUACACCUCAGGCUCAGAGUGAACCAGCAGCAAAAAAGUGAAGAAAUGACUGAAAAAUAAUCUUUCUGAUAAUAGAAGAUUCAUCUAAUGAUACCACGAAUGGCCAAUUAAAAUGUUUAUAUAAAUAGUUUUUGUUUUUUCUCCUCUCACUGCCUACUGUGCUGAAGUAAUGUUAUCAGUAUUUGGUUAUCCAAGUGGUCUCCAAACUCCUCCACAAAGGGCCGGUGUGUCUAGACGAUUUUAUUCCAGCUAAAUAGGAGCUACAGCUAAUUAUUGUUUUAAAAACCAGGAUCAAUUUAUCAAAAAUUGAAUUCACUUAUGAUUCUGGACACUUUUCUGGACCCCUCUGAUUAAUCCAGUACUUAAAGGACUAUUUGUGCCUCUUGCUUUAUAUGUCAUGAAUGGACUUUUAAUCCAAAGCCAUAUGGAACUUGUAAUUGACUCAUGUAUACAGUCUCUUGUUUUUAAGCGAUUUCAUUUAUUUUAAAUUAGUAUCUUUUAAUGAAGGUCACAUAAGAUGUAGUAUUAUUUUAUUUAAAUGUAGCAUUUGCAUAGCUUUCUUCUUUCAUUUUAAAGCACUGUGUAUUCACUCAUGUUUGCUCAUAUUGUAAACUAUAGUUUCGUCUUGUAAACUGUAUUGUAUAUUUAACUUACAUUUUAUCUUUUUCAUUCUUUAUCAUGAUAAAAUUAUACUUGGG